AUGAAGACUUCGCCUACCAGCAGCAAUCAGGUCCCCAACUUUUCUAGCAGCUAUGCACCGCUGACUCCCGCGUGCAAAGAGAUUCGCCUUCUGUGGCUCAUUGUGCCAAUCAAAGAACAAACAUCUGCCCCAAAGAGUUGUUGCAGUGUUGAAACUUCCAACAAUACCUUCUCUAAUGAGGACGACUCUGGCGAUGACAUUCCCAUUCACACUACGCUCGAAACCGUCUCUCUUCUCGACAACCCAGCGUACAUGGCGCUCUCCUACACAUGGGUUGACCCCUUCGCCAACUAUCAACCGCGCAGUUCCAGAAAGCCAUACAUUCUCCUCAACGGCCAACACGUCGAGGUGCGGCCCAAUCUGUACGAUUUCUUCCGAAACAUGCAGCGCCACAUCCAAACUGGCAGCUGUGACAAUCCGUGUGGCCAUCACCUCCGAUCUUUGCUUCGGCGCCUUGCCCAAGAAGGGAGCGAGGAAAAGGGGGUAGUGAGAUUACCGCUCUGGGUCGACGCCCUCUGUAUCAAUCAAUCGGACAUCCUCGAGCGAAACAGCCAGGUGAUGCUGAUGGGGGACAUUUAUCGUGGCGCGGCAGCUGUUAUAUCCUGGCUUGGCGAACAUCGGAAAUUAACCCGCGGGCUGCGGACUAUAAGCGAGCUGGCUAGGCGCUGGAGGGGAUAUGUUGAAGAGAUUGAGCAGAAGAAAAAAUAUCGGAAGAGAAGUAGGAGAGAGGAGGAUACAAGCCCGCCAAUGGCAGAGAGAGAUGCCAAACCUGAGGCUGUCCCAGGCCUAGAUGAGCAAGUGAUCCAGUUCAUGCGGUCGACUCGGGACAUCUGGCAUAAUGAACAAACACUAAUAAGCCUCUUGCGUGUCUUCCAUACCAAGUACUGGCGCCGGAUAUGGAUUGUGCAGGAGAUGGUCCUUGCAAAUCCCGAGUCCCACAUCUUCAUGACUGGGCCAGGCCCUCACAUGGCAUCGAUAUCUGACAUGAGGGUGAUGAUAAUAUGCCUAACAAAUUUUUGGAGGUUGUUAACCAGUUCAAUCACAACCGUUGCGAAUGAAGGUAACCAGGAGGAUGAGGAGAAAAGAGAUGUCCUCAUCAUGUGGAAGCUGAAGGACACAAUCAGCUUUGAGGUGUACCAGUGGUGGGUGCUCCACAAACUACAGCGCGGGGAGCAGACGCCUUCUCUGAUGUUUGUGCUCAAUACUGCCUUUGGACAUGAUACAACGGAACCACUAGAUGCUGUCUAUGGCCUGCUGAACUUGCUGCCCCCUGACUGUGGGAUUGUGCCGGACUACCAGCGCUCCGUCCGCGACGUAUAUAUAGACUGGGCCGUUCGUACUAUGCGCGAAUGCGGAAACUUGAACCUAUUGACCUGGAUCUGGUCGAAGAAGAAGAGCGGCCCAGACUUUGGGCUUCCUUCAUGGGUUCCAGACCUGUUCAACUCUAAAAGCCGCAUAGAAAUGCGGGACUCCGACUGGGACAAGCCGAAGGGGCCCAAGAAUACGCGCAAUGAUUCAUCAAGCAGCAGACCAGCUCUUUUCGGAUCGGUAUCAGCCGUAAUGGCGCCCUGA